UGCAGGUGUACAAAGAGAAGCUGUACGGUAAGAAAUACGUCUGGUUCCUGAUCGGGUGGUAUGCUGACAACUGGUUCAAGAUCCAAGACAACAACAUCAACUGUACAGUGCAGCAAAUGACUGAGGCUGUGGAGGGGCACCUUACCACAGAGAUCCUCAUGGUUAACCCCACCAACAGCAGGGGAAUCUCCAAAAUGACUUCCCAGGAAUUCUUGGAGAAAUUGCAGGCCGUAAUCGAGAAAUCACCAGAGGAGACUGGGGGCUACCAGGAGGCCCCCUUGGCAUAUGAUGCUAUCUGGGCACUGGCCCUGGCCCUAAACAAAACAGCGCAGGAGCUGGAGAAGAAGCAGAUGCGUUUGGAUCAGUUCAACUAUCACAGUCAGAACAGGGCCAUCACAGACGAGCUUUACAAAGCUAUGAAUUCCUCUUCCUUCGAUGGAGUCUCGGGACACGUGGUGUUCGAUGCCAGUGGAUCUCGGAUGGCCUGGACAAUGGUUGAGCAACUGCAAGACGCUAAAUAUGUGAAGAUUGGUUACUAUGACAGCACAAACGACAACAUGUCCUUCUUUGGCACUGACCGCUGGUUUGGUGGGACCCCUCCCGCUGACCACACAAAGGUCAUCCCAACUUUCCGAUACUUAUCCCAGAAGCUCUUUGUUUCGGUCUCAGUCCUGGCUGGGCUUGGGAUUUUGCUGGGAAUCAUCUGCCUCACCUUUAACAUCUAUAACAGUAAUGUCCGGUACAUUCAGAAUUCCCAGCCCUACCUGAAUAACAUGACAGCUGUGGGCUGUACACUUGCCUUGGCAGCUGUAUUCCCGCUCGGACUGGAUGGCUAUCACAUCCACCAGUGGCACUUCCCCCUUGUUUGCCAGGCUCGAGUGUGGCUACUAGGCCUGGGCUUCAGCCUAGCUUAUGGCAGCAUGUUCACCAAGAUCUGGUGGGUCCACACUGUGUUUACCAAGAAGGACGACAAGAAGGAGAAACGGAAACACCUGGAGCCCUGGAAACUGUACGCCACGGUCGGUGUAUUGCUCAUUAUUGACGUCCUCACGCUGGCAGUCUGGCAAAUCGUUGACCCGCUUCACCGCACCAUCGAGGAGUUCUCGAAGGAGGCCCCAGCAGGGGACCAGGGUGUCCUGAUCCUGCCGCAGCUCGAGCACUGCAGCUCCGACAAGAUGAACACGUGGCUCGGAAUUGUCUAUGGAUAUAAGGGCCUGUUGCUCCUCCUGGGGAUAUUCCUGGCCUACGAGACGAAGAGCAUUUCCACGGAGAAGAUCAAUGACCACCGGGCAGUGGGGAUGGCCAUUUACAACGUCGCCGUGCUUUGUAUGAUCACUGCCCCAGUUACCAUGAUUGUUAGCAGUCAGCAGGAUGCUGCCUUCGCCUUCGCUUCCCUCGCUGUCGUGUUCUCUGUCUACAUCACCCUGGUGGUCCUGUUUGUCCCCAAGAUGCGGAGACUGAUCACCCGAGGAGAGUGGCAAUCCGAGCAGCAGGACACCAUGAAGACCGGAUCCUCCACUAACAACAAUGACGAGGAGAAAUCGCGGCAACUGGAGAAGGAGAAUCGGGAGCUGGAGAAAAUCAUCGUUGAGAAAGAAGAGCGAAUCCUGGAGCUUCGCCAACAGCUCCACGAGAGGCAGCAGCUCCGUUCCCGGCGCCGCCCAUCCACCACCGCCGCUGCCGCUGCUGCCGCCGCCGUCUCCAAGGAGAGCUACACCGACAACCACUACAGCAACUCGUCCGCGGGGACCGUCUCUUCCCUGUACCAGCCCAAACCGCUCCUGGUGCAGCGUCUGGCUUGCGCCGAGCCGGCAGACAAGCUGGCCAGGAACAACUGCGACGGUAGCCGGGUCCACCUCCUGUACAAGUGACAGGGGCCGGGGAGGCGCCGGUCAGAGGGUCAGUCCGUAGCUACGGGGCGGGGUGGGGGUGUUGGGGGGGGUGUUGGGGGGGGGAAGGGGAAGGGGCUUGAGUAUCCUCGGUUCCUAUCGGUCAACGGCAUCCUCCAACUGCAUGAACGCGGCGAAAACGUCAGAACUUCUUCAUCCAGGGAGUGGUGGGUCGGUGGAAUUCACUGCCACAGAAGGCUGUGGGGUGGUGGGGAGGCCAGGUCAUUGAGUACAUUUAAGACAGAGACGGAUAGGUUCUCGAUGGUCAAGGGGAUCCAGGGUGAAAGCGGGAGAAAUGGGGAGUUGAGGAACUUAUCAGCCAUGAUUGAAUGGCUAGGCAAGAACCGAUGGGCCUAAUUUCUGCUCCCACGUCUUGCGGCCUUAUUGGAAUGGCCUCUGAUGUUCCCGUUGACCAGUCCCGGAUAUGGAUCACAUAGCCCAAUUUCUCUCCCCUGGGAACAGAGGAAAGUUGGGGGGAGGAACAAACACCAGCCCCAAGCCUCUUCGUGGUGGGCUGUGGAACCAGAAACCCUCUCCUGUCGAUCGUGAAAGUUUCGGGAUUUCCGCUAGGGCUCUGUUUUGUUUAUUUUGGGGUUUUUUUUGGUGGUGGGGGGUGGAUUUUAGGCAGAGUGUAUCGUGCCACUUUUAAAAUGCUCUCGCGUUUGUUGGGAAGGGCACAGUUUUUUCGCUGUGUCGUGCUGUGACUGACUGAAGAAUAUCUUACUGUUUAAAAGUUCCUCAAAUCCCGUUGACGAGACUUAGCAUCAGCCCUCACUUAUCGAGAACCUGUGUUCCCCAGCCACUGCCCGUCAACAUUUCCCCCAGGGAAAUAAUUCACAUUGGGGCUUUUGGAAAGGAUGCGCUCCCUGGCUGGCCACAGUUUCAAAAAGACCCAUCCCAAAGUCACAGAGAGUCCAAAGUCUGUUGAGUUUUCUUGUGAAAUUACAAGCGAUUGAGGGUUUUACAAACUUGUCACUCGGUUCAGUUUCAGCUUCUCUCUUCAGACCCGGGAAGUUUGGUGAGGAUAGUGAGGGGAUUCGCUGUUGUUAAAAUGAUACGUGGACCAGAUGUAAGUUAGAAUGUAUUUCAACCGUCACUUCAAACAGAACAUAGGUAAUGAGUUCACCCUGUUAGGAGGAAACCAGGCGAAGGGAUUUGUCCUAGUCCACACUGAGUUCAUCCUCUCAUGCACCCCCACCCCACUUUAGGAGUAUGUUAUUACUUACAAUAAUUCAAGAGUUUCAAUCAGCAUAGGUCAAUGUCUCACAGCUAGGCUGAUGGGUGCAUGAUCCUUGGCAAAGCACUUGCUGAUGUCAAAUCUUGGAGCAGUCCACCCAGACUGAUGGAUCUUAUUCAUGGAGCUGAUGUAAAGUGUGGCCAAGUCAGGAGGAGAAGCACCAGCUAAUGAAGUUGUUUAACCCAGAGCCCAUAAGCAAAAAGAGACGCAUUGCAGGAGAUUACCGUCUUGCAUUCGUCAGAACAAGUGCAAGAAUGCCAAAUUUCAAAACGAUUUUUAGUCCUGGAGGGAAAGGGUACUGAUUGGCCAAAGCAUAGGCAAGCAACGGGAACAUGAACACAAGGCAAAAAUCUUCGGUAGAUGAUGUUUUGAGGUCUGCACAACUGCACAAAGAGUGAAAGUGUUGCUCGAACCACUCGAAGCUGUUCAAGGGACGGAAAUUGAAAUGUGAGCCGGGGGCUCACAGAAAUGGGCCACGUCACCGUAACGCGGCCAAGUCCAGUAUUCAGUUGAGAGGACUUCAGGAGCGCGGAAUAUCAGCCUGUGGGAGACCGGCACCAAAUGCAGUCGCCGCCUCCUGAUCGAUUCUGGUACGAACCCGUUGGUUUACUGAACAAAAGAAUAAGAGCUGUUUCCAUCACAGUUGUGUUGCUGUUCAUUGCUUUCACAACCCACGCAGCCCCCUCGACCUAUUACGACGGUAACUCAAUCCAUUCUGACAAAGAACUUUUUUUUUUACUUUAGAAUAUUAAAGUUGUCCUAACUGUAUCGUUACAAAAAGAGUCAUAGUGGCUGCUUGACUGCUAUGUCAUAUUGUACAAACCGCUCCUUUAGAGUUGCCGUAGUGGCUUAGCCCUGCAUUGUUCUAUUGUACUGGAAAAGUGGAUGGUGAUCAUUCUACAAUGUACGUUACACAAGCCAAUUAAGAUUUGACAUCUCAAGAUGCAUGGAUGACUUUAACAUCACGCGCUCUGUAAUUGGAAAGCACUUAUUUAUAAUAAAAUGCUUCUGUAUACCCUA